CUUUAUCUCGAAGGCUGUCGGCGGCGACCCGGCAGCCAGUACUAGCGGGUCAACGCCGACUCAGCAUCGUCCGCGCCAUGGCUUGGGUCUGGACUGCGCCGCAGCGUCUAGGGAGACGUGGGUCCUCGGAGCCUCUUUAGUUCCGGAGCUCGGGCCGCAGGGAGCCCGGCGGCGGCGGCGACAGAGGAACAGAACCUCUGGAUGGACUCUUCCUGGGAAGCUUUGCUAACUUGCAGCAGCUGGACCAUGUUCCACAUUAAUAUCUGUCUGUCAGCAUAAUCGUCACAUCAUUUCACUGUGGUGGCAGGGACUCAGCUCUGGAAUUCUGUAUAGAAUAAGCACCUGGAUCCCAGUCUUUUCAAUGGCUUCGAGACAACCAGAAGUGCCUGCGCUUGAGCCUAGUGGGCCUCUAGGCAAGAUGUCCCUGCCCAUCGGGAUGUACCGCCGGGCAUUCAGCUAUGACGAUGCCCUUGAGGACCCUACACCCAUGACUCCUCCUCCAUCAGACAUGGGCAGCAUCCCCUGGAAGCCAGUGAUUCCAGAGCGCAAGUAUCAACACCUUGCCAAGGCGGAGGAAGGAGAGGCCAGUGUAUCCACCACUGACAGUAUGGACAAGGUCCCAGUGGUGAAGGCUAAAGCCACCCAUGUCAUCAUGAAUUCUCUGAUCACAAAACAGACCCAGGAGAGCAUUCAGCGUUUUGAGCAACAGGCAGGCCUGAGAGAUGCUGGCUAUACACCCCACAAGGGCCUUACCACCGAGGAGACCAAGUACCUUCGAGUGGCAGAAGCACUCCACAAACUAAAGCUGCAGAGUGGAGAGAUCAUAAAGGAAGAGAAGCAGCUUGCUUCACCCCAGUCCACCCCAAGCAGCACCCCCCACUCUUCGCCUAAGCAGAAAUCCAGAGGCUGGUUUACUUCUGGUUCUUCCACAGCCUUACCCGCCCCUAGUUCUAGCUCCAUGGAUUCUGGAAGUGGGGAUAAAGACAGAAACCCAUCAGAUAAAUGGAGUCUCUUUGGACCGAGAUCCCUCCAGAAGUCUGAUUCGGGAGGCUUUGCCACCCAGGCCUACAGAGGAGCCCAAAAGCCCUCUCCAAUGGAACUGAUCCGUGUGCAGGCCACCCGUGUGGCUGAGGAUCCAGCAGCCUUCAAGCCGCCCAAGAUGGACAUACCAGUAGUAGAAGGGAAGAAACAAGUGCCCCGGGCCCAUAACCUCAAACCCCGCGACUUGAAUGUGCUCACGCCCACUGGUUUCUAGAGCUCUUUCUGUUCUAAGGACUCUGGAUUGAGGAUGUCUUCUCCUCCAUGCCCCUUUUACCUUGGCUCUGACAUAGGAAAGGUAUAUUUUUUAAAAAUCUGUUAAACUGAGGCUAGAGCUAGAGACAUAAUUGGCUUUUGAGAAACAUUAGUGCAAAGCUUGUCCUUAUUGUGUGGAAGAAACCAUUUUGUACUGCUUUAAUUGAAAGUUAGACUAAAUCUCGGCAAUGAUGUAUGGGAGACCUCAUGACCUAUUUUUGUCCUCUCCCCUAGACAGGAGAUUUGAUUGUGGCUUCCUAGGUAAAUGAUGUUUGUGCUGUUCCUUUACCACUGUCAACGUGAACAUUGACAAAUCGUGGAGUAGAGGUGUUCACUGACUAGUUUAGACAACUUUGACCUUUCUGACCUUUGGACACUGGGCUGGAACUGUGCUCUGGGUUGGCUGGUUAGGGGGCUCUAAGAUCUGCUUGAUAUCUGGGUAUAAUUAAGAGCAGACUGCUGAAACUGGCCUCUCCUUGCCUUCUUGGUAGACCUAGUAGAUCACUGUGGCCUGCAGCUGAUUUUUAAUGCAGUCCCUGUUGGGCCAGUGAUGUUGGAGGGAUGCUCCUCUUUUACGUGUCACACAUAGCAAACACUAGUCUUGCAAAUCCUUUCAUGCACUUUGAGAUUAAUUUAAUUCCAAUUUGGUUGAAAACUUCAUAAGGGAGAAAAUUCAGUGUAUUGGUUUGAUAACCAAAAAAAAAAAGAAAAAAACAAACCCAUUGCUGUCAAGUCAAUUCUGACUCAUAAUAACCCUAUAGGACAGAGUAGAACUGACUCAUUUGGUUUCCAGGGAGUACCCGGUGGAUUCAAACUGCCAACCUUUUGGUUAGCAGCCAAACUCUUAACCACUACGCCACCAGGGUUUCCAUAUUGGUUUGAUAUGGAUGUUAAAUUUUUUUUUAAAGUACAGCAAAUGGUGACUAUACCUAGAUCAUAGUCUUAAAGUUCAUAUGAACCUACUAUCACCUUAUUUUAUUUCCUUGUUCAGCCCAGGGCUCGAAACCUUUUAUUCCUGGGGGUACAGAGGAAAUUAACAUUUCCUAUGAGAAAGCACCUUCCCCCAAAAUGAGCCUCAUACAUAACUCACUGAGGAAAGGAAAUAGGGAAGCUGCGUUUUUACUGCUUCCCUCUGGGUACAUGUUCGUUCAGUCAUUGUCUUAAGCGCUGUCUCAAAUACCUGCUGUUUUUGGUUUGGAUAUUGUCUACAUAAGGAGCUGACCUUUCCAUAGAGAGACCCUGGAGUCUAGAAUUAUCAGAACACCUAAUUUAUUUGUGUCUUCUGUUAUGUUUGUAUCUCUUACUUGUUUUGACAAUAAAAAUCCUUACUACUUUCGCAAA